GGCUGGUCCUGCCGGCGGGCGGUGGGGCUGCACCCCGCCCCGGCGCUACGCCGUGCUGCGCCGCGCCGGGCCGUGCCGGUCGGCGGGGCGCGCCAUGGGGCUGCUGGAGCGCCUGCGGAAGGAGUGGUUCAUCCUCGGCAUCGUCCUGGUUAUCGCGGUGGCGCGGCUGGAGCCCGCCGUCGGCGUCAAAGGGGGACCCUUGAAACCAGAAAUUACCAUAACUUACAUUGCUGUUUCAGCUAUAUUCUUUAACAGUGGACUCUCCUUAAAAACUGAGGAGCUGACAAGUGCUUUGAUGCAUGUGAAACUACACCUUUUUGUCCAGAUUUUUACACUUGUGUUCUUCCCAACAGCAAUAUGGCUCUUUCUUCAGCUAUUAUCAAUCACACCUAUAAAUGAAUGGCUUUUAAAAGGCUUGCAGACAGUAGGCUGUAUGCCACCUCCCGUGUCUUCUGCAGUAAUUUUAACCAAAGCUGUUGGUGGAAAUGAGGCAGCUGCUAUAUUUAAUUCUGCGUUUGGAAGUUUUUUGGGCAUUGUUAUAACUCCACUUCUGCUUCUGCUUUUUCUUGGAUCAUCCUCCUCUGUGCCUUUUACAUCUAUAUUCUCGCAACUGUUUAUGACCGUUGUAGUCCCCCUUAUUAUUGGACAGAUUGUCCGAAGAUACAUCAAGGACUGGCUGGAAAGGAAGAAGCCUCCAUUUGGUGCUAUCAGCAGCUGUGUGCUCCUCAUGAUCAUCUACACGACAUUCUGUGAUACUUUUGCCAAUCCAAAUAUUGACCUUGAUAAAUUUAGCUUGAUUAUAAUAGUGCUCAUAAUAUUUUCUCUUCAGAUGAGCUUCAUGUUUUUGACUUUCUUUUUCUCUACAAGGAAUAACUCUGGUUUCACACCAGCAGACACAGUGGCUAUCGUUUUCUGUUCCACACACAAAUCCCUCACCCUGGGGAUUCCAAUGCUGAAGAUAGUAUUUGCGGGUUAUGAACACCUGUCCUUAAUUUCCGUCCCCUUACUCAUCUAUCAUCCUGCUCAGAUUCUUCUUGGCAGUCUGUUAGUACCAACAAUAAAAUCGUGGAUGGUUUCUAGGCAAAAGGCACAGAAGUUAACCAGACAGCCCAAAGCACCCGUGAAGGUAUAAUUAUGGAGAUGGCCUGUGUCACAGUGAAUGUAUAUAUGUACUAUACUGUAUACACAGACAAUUGAGACAACUGAGUAUUUGUGAAUGUUGCUUUGGUGCAUAUUUUAUUUUUUUAUAUAUAUAUAUAUAUAUAUUAAAAGAUACUUGUUAAGUGCCUUACAGAUGCAUUUUUGGAAAAAGCAUUGUUUCCUGAAGCCACUUUGUUGGUUACUGCAAGAGGUUGUACAGUAUUUUGGAGUCCUUUAGUUUUUAUUUUUCUAUUGGAGUGAAUGGUCAUGACUAACAGCUGUUUCUUCCAUUGCCCAUGCUUUGAAGCCAGGGUGCACCAGCUGUAAGUCUCUGUUUUAAACUCACCAAAAUGUCCAGAAGUCUAUCCCACUGCUGGAUUACCCUGGGGAAGAGCUUUCUGAAGGGUUUUUUUUCCAAGAUUUACUUGAAUUUCUGUGUGACUCUGUUACACUCCCUAGUCAUAUGGUUCUGACAUGCCUUUUUCUUCUGAGUUUGUGUAUACUCAGCAUGGGGCCAUCCACUGGAUAGAAGCUGAGAAGCAUGAAUUAUUUGCAUUUGUUGACACAGUUGUCUAGACAUUCCUUCAAAGUUAAUGGUUUCUCAAGAAAAUUCUUUCAAUUCCAUUGUAUGAUAUUGUGCCAUUGUAUAUCUUAAAUGCCUCAUAAGCUUCUUCAAAGAAAUGGUCUGGUGCUUGGGUUAUGAGUGAAGUAUUUGUGUUUGCAGCUAGGAGAUCGUUUAUAAUUUACCUCUGAAGAACACAAAUUUUUGUUUUUCUUUUUUCUUUUCCUUCCCUCAGUGCAAUGCACAGAGAUCUGCAGUGACAGAAUUUAGGAUGCUAAUAUUGAAACAGAGCCUUUAUUGUAGUAAGCCAAGCUAUGUUUUCUGUAUUGCUGCAUUGGUAGUGAGUAAUAGCUGGUGAGGACAGGACAGCUGACAAUUUUUUUUUUUUGACAAUUAAAAGGAUCCUUACAGUAACAGAAAUGACAAUCAAUCACAACUUCUUAAAAAAAUGUUACUCUUUUUAUUAAACUUAUAUUAAAAAAAUACUAAAUACUACUUAUAAAGGAGAAUCAAAGAGAAAGGAACACAGGCAUAUAAUUAAACAUGUAGCCAGCACUGCAUCUUGUCCAAGAGAUUAAGAUGUGAAGCAUACUGUAGUCCAGACUCUGAGGUGUACCCAUCUGCAAAAACUGUGCUGGCAAUUGUGUACUAAAAUGUUAAAAGGAAUGAAAGAAAUAGGUCAAACGGGGAUCGAUAUAAAUGCAGAAGUUUCACAUGUGUUGUGGUUAACAUGGCAGUUAAUGGUGCAACUGAAUGCAAACACCUAGGAGCAGAUCUUUAGCAGAUGUAAAUUAUUGUAGCUCUGAAAAGGCUAUAGCCAUUUACACAAGCUAAAGAUCUGUUGUAUGACAAUAGGUAUGUGAAAUUCAUAUCCUUCUGCCUUAGUGAAAAAAAAAAAAAUGUGCUUGGUUUACCUAGCCUGUUAUUCCUGGUUCGUUAUUCCUAUAAACAGCAGGGAAGUAACUUGGAACCAAUCAUGGGUGCUUUACCUGGUGGCCAGUCAGUGCAAGACUGCUCAGCUGCCAUCAGUAAGAGAAAUUAGUGGGCACUGACAGAGUCACCUUGUUCACAAUUGCCAUCACCAAUAAAACAAACAUGUAAGAAAGGUACAUGAAGUGGCAACGUGCUGAAUUCUUUGAUUCCCUGGAGAGGGGAUCAAGCUCUGCACAUGGAGCAGGUGGGAAAGCUGAGCAACACUGUCCACCUUCUCACUAACCCAUGAUGCAGUGGGCAGUGAGCUCAGAGUUUUGAACCAGCACAUCCCUAGAUAGCACAGUCAGAUCCACUGAGAGGCCAGCCUUUGAGGUAGUAGACGUGCGUGUUCUCGGGCCAGUCCAUGGUUCCUUUCCUUAAGCAUGCUAACCUAUAACUGGCUCCUCAUGGGAAAAAAUUCCUUUGUCUGGGCUUUAAAAACCCUGCUUGCAGCAGAGAGUCCAGACUCAAAACAGUUUCUUUGUGUUCUGUUUCCAUAAACCUGAACUUCCAGAGUAUUUAAGGAUGUAAACCCACUCCCACUGAAAUCCACAACUCCUUCUGUUGGUUUUGAACAGCAAAACAACAGGCCCAGAAAGAGUGCUUCCUUUUUUUAAUCAUGCAGAAAGAGCUGAAGCGUACAGUAAUGCACUGUGGUUGUGUCAAUGCUGAAUAGUCAGAACACUGCAAGUUACCCUCACAGUGCUACCUCUAUGUACUGAAUCUCUGACUUUCAGUACAUCCAACAACUUGCUUAGAUUCCCCUGAACACAUCCUUUUUUCUUUGUCUUUUUUUCCUGCGUUUAAGAAUAUUUCAAACUGUUUUAUGAUGGAGUUUUGUCAGAGCCUUUACAAAGUCCGUGUCAAUUGCUUGGGACAGCCUCAAUAUUGCAUAUGAGUGUUGGAGGUGUUGGUCUAAAGGGAAUAUAAAGCAAAACUGAAAUUUGAGAUCCGUACUUAAUGAAAACUUAAUUAUGCAUAUCAAUUCUGUUAUGUUCAAAGACUGUUAAGAUGUUUGUUUUAUGAGUUGUUAUGCCUGUGUGUCUUUAAUAAACAGAAUGGUUUUGAACUUCAUUUUGUUCAUAGGAAAACAAGAUUGAAUUACUUAUCCUCUAGGUCAAUUUUUUACCUCUGCUACCUAUGUUUACUUCCUUUGUGAGUAAGCUUUAAAAAAAAAAAAAAAUCUGUGAACUGUACAGAAAUAUUUUAUAACCUAAACUUGGGGAAAGUCCUCAGAACACUGCAAAUUAUCAUCAACUGAACAUUAAUUCAUUGAACUCCACCAGUUUUUCAGUAGAGGGUUAAAAGAAUUUUGAAUCUUUUCAAUUUCUUAGCCUUAAACUGAACUAAGAGAUAUCUGGGAUUGAACGUUAUGAGGCAAAACUGAUGGCAAAUGAGAACUUUGCCCCUGUUAAAACAUAUGGAUUUCCUUGAGCAUUGAUGCUUCUUACCUUCUGCAUAUCUAUAAACCCAUCUAAUGAUAGCAGUGGGAAAAAAAAAGACCAAACAAUAAAAGAGCACUUCAGAAGCCACAA